AUGCUGCAUUGCAGUCGUUUUCUUGUGAAGAAGCGUGCACCGCCGCUGGGGUACAGUCGCAGGGACUUUGUGAAGAAAUUGCGAUCCCCGCGAGCCUCAAAGCCGUGGCGUGGACAUCACACCGUCUCUGGUGGGCAGAUUGAAGUUGCACCCGCCGCAGAGGAGCACGUGGGUGGAAAUCUCGCCGAGCGACCACCACUCGGGAUUCGCGAUCUGCGGGAGGGUUUUGCCUCUUCUGCCGCUCUCACCGCUUCUAACACAUUGAAGUUACCAGAGGGAAACAAUAGUGGUGAUAUGCCUGAUAAUAGUAAUGGUACUUCACUUAUUGAAAAGGAGUCCUCAUUGGGUCUGAUGUCUGGGUCUGCAUCACCUCCACUUGCGGCUUUGCCUUUUGGGAAAGGAUUAGAAUUAAAUGUUGAGAAUGUGAAAACAUAUGAGGAAGGUCCUGUUCCUUUGCAUUUACAACAGUUUCGACGUAGUCGACGUGAAGCAGCAGAAUCUAUUUUAUUACCUCGUCACAUUAAUCGCCUUUUUCAUAAAAUUAUGGGUUGGUCAGAGGAUAUUGUGGAGGUUGAUUCAGAAAGUGCACCACUUUCUACAAAUGAAUCUAAUACUACAAAUGCAACAACAACAAAAAGAACAGGAACUAACCUAGAAGAAGAAGAAGAUCAUAAUCAACAUGAGGAACCAAGGCUACUUAAGCAAAAAUACAACAAUUUAUCAGAUAAGAUGAAAUAUGGUGUACUUUUAGAUAGCUACGAAAAGGAUAAGUUUGCAAUUGAACAUCAAUUAGAACUAGCUGGUGAACGAUUUGAGCGAAAAUUCUUAGACUGGGAAGGAAUGCACGUGCUAGAUCAAGAUCCUGGUGGUGCGAUGGAAGGUGUACGUGCUAAUAAGAGUUCUAUUGUAAUGGAUAUGCCUUCUUCUUUUCAUAUUCCCGUUGUUAAUCGAGAUUGCUGCAAAGGUUGUGGAGCACUUCUUCAAGAUAAGGAUGAAAAUUCAUUUGGUUAUGUUCGUAAAGGGGAUGUUGAACGUUACAUAAUGGAUAGACAAGAAAAGAUGCGAGCACGAGCUGAAUACGCUGAUCGUAUGUCAGAGUUGCAAACACAUUGGCAAAAAAAUGGUCGUCGUGUUGGGGAAGAAUGGUUAGAUUUUAUGACACAAGAGGAAUUUGAUGCCUUUUAUAAAGAUCAAAACAAACCUUUUGUUUGUCAUCGAUGUCAUGCAUUGGAGAAUUUAGGUGUAGAAGGACGUCGACGUUUAUGGUCAGCACCUGAUUUCACAGAAAAGUUACGUGCCUUACGUGAAAAGAAAUGUGUGGUGGUACUUGUUGUUGAUAUCACUGAUUUCCCUGGAACUAUGGUGUAUGAUCUACCAGGUCUUAUCUCCAUGAAUAAUGAUGUCAUCAUUGCGGUGAACAAAAUGGAUUGUGUGCGUAAUCGCUCUUUCAACUAUAAAGGUAAAGAUAGAGCCAUUGCCUCACGUCUGGUAACAGAACGAUAUAUACGACGUUGGGUAAUGGACAUUGCAGUACAAUUUGGUUUACCAAAACGUCAAAUUCGUCAUGUUAUUCCCAUCUCUGCAAAACGUGGAUGGAAUGUAGAAGCACUUAUUGAGGCUGUGGAGGAAACAUCCAAUUUGAAUUUACGUCGUCUGACAAAACCUGUACCAACAUACUUUGUGGGAGUAGCCAAUGUUGGUAAAUCUUCUGUUAUUAAUGCGAUUGCUCAUAAAUUGUAUGUCCCUGUUCCUCCACAUCCAGAAAGUCGAAAAAUUUAUUAUACUAAAACGGCUAAAGAUGGAACAGAAUCCGUUUUUUGGCGUUGGUACACUCCACCUAAUGUGAAUCAAGCAGAAAUGAUUGAUAUUCCAUCACGUCAUGAUAAGAAAGCCUCAAAACUAUUGACAGUUUCAUCUCUUCCAGGAACAACUGUAGAGGCUAACGCGGUUCGUGUAUCCUUGACAAGAGGAGCACCAGGGGAUUCAGCAUAUUUAUUUGAUACACCUGGACUUCUCCCGCAUUGGCAUCAACAUUCUCCGUUAACACUUUUGCAGAUGCGCCGUACACUAAUAAGAAAGUAUCGGAAUCCUCAGUGUUAUAUCCUUGUGCCAGGGAAUACACUACUUCUUGGUGGUCUUGCUGCUAUUGAUGUUGUGAAGGGCACAUCACGUGGGAUGCUUUUCAUGGUUUACACCUCUCAGAAAGUUCGUAGUGCCAUCAUCAGUACAGAGCGUUCAGAUGAAUUCUGGGAAGAGCAACUUGGAAAAACUCUUGAUCCACCUGGUUCACUUGAGCAACUGGGCGACUUGCGACUCACGGAGUCCAAGAGUUAUCUCUUUGAAUGUUAUCCCCGACACCGUCGUCGACCCAAGGCGGAUGUGUACGUUUGCGGUAUGGGUUGGGUUUCAUUCUGUGUGAAUGAGGCCUGUGAUGUGGUGUUGCGUGUACGCACACUUCCUGGUGUUAUUCACGGUGUGCGUGAGCCGCUGCGGUAUAAAGAUCUGUUGGCAUUCCGCGGGUGGCCAAAGUUGUUGCGCCGCUUCACUGCAGCCGGUCUUCCAGAGAAUGAGGGCGAUUGGGAAAACUCCAUCGCCACUGUUGUGCGACUCACCGCAGGAGGAGGAGGAGGAGGAAGAGAAGAAGGAAUAAGCAGUAAAGGUGAUAGCCAUAAUAAUAAUAAUAAUAAUAAUAAUAAUAAUAAUAAUAAUGAUAAUAAUAAUGGUAAAGAUAAUGAGGAGAAGGAAGAGAAUGAUGGGAACAAUGCGAAGGGGUUAGGCAUAAAGGAAUUACGAAAGACGAUACUCCCGCAUCAUGCUUCUGCGUCCUCUACGGCAUUUGAUGCUGCGCUAGCGGAUCUUUCUAUGAGUGGGACUGUCCCGCCAAUGACUGAUGCCGGUUCACAAAGAUGA